AAGGGGCUGAUGUCAGUGCAGCCACACAGCGGCGUACGCUCGGAUCAGCAGCAGCAGCGGCAGCAACAGCAGCAGCGGCGGCGGCAACAGCAACAGCAACAGCAGUAUUGGCAGCAGCGACAGAGAUUGCAGAGGCGACUCGUCGGAUGCGCGAACGUGACAUCGCACGCAUCGUCGUAUCGCGAACGCGGCGAGCGAAGAGAGCGAGACUCUCAGCGACGACGAGUACGAUUAGUACGAGGGCAACGUCAGCGGCAGCGGCAGUGGCAGUGGCAGCGGCAGCAGCAACAGCAGCAACAGCAACAGCAACAGCGACGACGACGACGGUGAUGCUCGGCGGCGGCCGUGAGAUCGGAGUGGUGGCGAUCGGUGACGGAUUGGUGGCGGUGGCGAUUUACGACGACGACGACGACGCAUCUGGCGCGCGCGAUCGUGGCUGCCGGCGCGUCGGUCGUUCCGUGGCGCAGCUCGUGGAAUAAUGCGUGUUAGGCACGACGACGACGUUACGACGAGGCGCCGUACGAGACGACGACGGUACGACGGUACGGCGAGUGGGCCAGCGUGCGGUCAGCGACGAUUACUACUACUCCUCUUACUACCACCAUCGCAGCAACUGCAGCAACGCAGCUAUGUACGCGUACGGUUCCGAGAUCACGUAGUGUCGGGCGUGUAAUAAUUAUGUUGUCAUCGUCGCGCGGCGCGCCCUGCGUAGCUUCACGGUGAAAAUCUGGCGUGAACGGUUCCGCGGUGGAACGGGGAAUAUGGCGUCGGUCUCGGCCGAGACUCCAGCCAGCCAUGGGCACAGCUUCAGUAAGAAAAUGUUUCACAAACCGACGUACUGCCAUAGCUGCACGGACAUGCUCUGGGGCCUCAUACAGCAGGGGUACAUCUGCGAAGUUUGCAACUUCGUGGUGCACGACCGCUGUCUCAAGGCCGUCGUCUCUCCCUGCUCCAGCAUCGCGGCAAGCCUGAUCAAUAACCCGGUUGCACAUUGUUGGUCUGAACAAGUACAUUGCAAAAGAAAAUUCUGCAAUGUCUGUCGAAAACGAUUGGAUGAUAAUCUAGCCAUACACUGUGAAAUAUGCGAGUACUUCGUGCACGUAGAAUGCCAAGACUUCGCGGUGGCAGACUGCAAGGAGAAUGCCACAUACCUACCUGGGAAAGAUCUGUCAGCAGUGAAACACACUCAUCAUUGGCGGGAAGGCAAUCUUCCGAGCAGUUCGAAAUGUGCCGUAUGCAAGAAGAGUUGUUUUACUGCCGAGUGUCUUGCCGGGUUUCGUUGCGAGUGGUGCGGUAUGACGUCGCACGCGUAUUGUUACAAGAAUAUUCCCCAAGAAUGCACCUUUGGUAACUUGGAACCAAUUUACCUGCCGCCACAUGCAGUUAGUAUUCCGCGUACCGAAGUUCCCAUGGAAGCUAUCAUUGGAGUAGAAGUGCGUCGUAAAGAAGUGCUGGCGCGUGAGUAUUCUUGCCCGCGAAGCAUAUCAGAAGAAUUUGGUAGCGACUCGAGGAAUCGUGAUAAUGGAGAACCGGCACAGGGAACAACGCAUGGCCGUGAUCCGCGUUCUCCUAAAGAGAAAGAAGAUAAAGAUAGAGGUGACGAAGAAAUGAUUAAGGUGUGCGAUGGCAACAAUUCCUUGAGGCGAAGAAUAUUUCGGGUAAUUUCGAUACCCAGGCAGGCUACGACAGAGCAGGUUCUCACAUCGGCACUGCGCGCAUUUCACAUCACGAAAGAUCCUAGCAGCUUUUACUUAACUGACCUGUAUGCCGUGGAGGAAACUGAGUUAUGUGAUCCAACGCCUGUUUUAAAUUUAAAUCGCAAAGAAGGCAAACGUCCGGCUGUAUUCUUGCGAUUUAAAGAUAAUGACAGCGGAGAAGUACGGGUUUAUCCCGGCAAAUUGCAGGUAUCAGAAUCAUUCUGUAUGGUACCUGUUAUGGAAGCUACAACCGUCGCAGACUUAAUAAACGAGGCGCUGGAAAAGUUUGGUAUACAAAAUUUUUGUUGUGAUGACUUUAGAUGCAGUGAAAUUCUUUUAGACCAUGGUGUAACGGAAAGAGUUUUGUCUGGGGAUGAAAGACCCUGGGAUAUUGUUAAAAAACUGGGAAAAGAUUCUAUUAGACAAAUGGAAUUAAUGCGAUUCUAUCUACAACUAAAGCAAGAUCCCCAUGGACCUAAUUUGGCUUUAUUCGUGGGCAACUUACCGCCAAAUCUGUCUGAAAGAAGUUAUGAAAACAUGUUGACAGACUUUUUAGGAAAAGAAAAUAGAUUCUCAUCAAUCGGCCCAAUUUAUUACGAAUAUGGUUCGAUGGUUAUCAUAUAUGAAGAUUUGGAUACAGCGGUUAAAGCAUUAUAUACAUUGCGAGAAGUAAAAUAUGAAGACAAACUUCUUUUAGUAAUGAUUUUACCAAGUAUCGAGCCAAGUAUGGUACCAAAGGGCGUUCAACCGCUGCUCGUGUUUGUAAAUGUAAAAUCUGGUGGCUGUCAAGGACUCCAGCUAAUUUCUAGUUUUCGUAAACUAUUAAAUCCUUAUCAAGUGUUUGAUCUUGAUAAUGGCGGACCUCUCCCUGGACUUUACGUUUUUCGACACAUAACAGACUACAAGAUAUUAGUUUGUGGUGGUGAUGGAACAAUAGGUUGGGUAUUACAAUGUUUAGAUAAUGUGGGUCAGGAUAGCCAGUGUUCUUCUCCCGCUUGCGCUAUUGUACCUUUGGGAACGGGAAACGAUCUUGCUCGUGUACUAUGUUGGGGUUCAGGCUACACGGGUGACGAAGAUCCACUAAACUUAUUGCGAGACGUUAUCGAUGCGGAAGAAAUAAUAUUGGACCGAUGGACUGUAGUUUUUCAUCCAGAAGAAAAGGAACAACCUCAAGUAGUUUGUAAUGCUGCAACUUCUCAGCAAGUAGCGACACGCCAUUUGCAUAUUUCCGGUGCUGGUGCAACUAGCGAAGACAAUACGCAAAUAUACGUAAUGAAUAAUUACUUUGGCAUUGGCGUCGACGCAGAUUUAUGUCUGGACUUUCAUAACGCGAGAGAGGAGAAUCCUAAUAAAUUCAGAAGCAGAUUACGAAAUAAAGGUGUCUACGUAAGAAUGGGUUUGCGUAAAAUGGUUAGACGAAAACCAUGUAAAGAUUUACAUAAAGAAAUUCGAUUAGAAGUAGACGGUAAAUUAGUUGAGUUACCACAACUGGAAGGAAUAAUAAUUUUGAACAUUUUAAGUUGGGGUUCUGGUGCUAAUCCUUGGGGACCAGAUACCAAAGAAGAUCAAUUUUAUACACCAAAUCAUUGGGAUGGCAUGCUAGAAAUUGUUGGAGUCACAGGCGUUAUGCAUCUUGGACAAAUACAGUCGGGUUUACGUUAUGCUAUGAGGAUAGCGCAGGGCGGACACAUAAAAAUUCACUUAAACUCAGACAUACCUGUACAAGUAGAUGGUGAACCGUGGGUUCAGAGUCCUGGAGACAUCGUGGUCUUGAAAUCAGCGCUCAAGGCUACGAUGCUGAAGAAGACAAAAGGCAAAAUGAAACGGCGCAACACGGAAUCUAGUAUGCAGUUGGCGCUACAGGCCGCACCGUCAAGUGAUCCGGAUGAAGAUAUCUUCUGAGUGAACAAACGUUAUGUGAAAGUGAUCGAACACGGUGCGGUGCGGAAUGCAGAGCACGUAGCCAUGUAAAGGACUUGAUUGAUUAGUGCACGUAAUAAAAUAAAAUCGGCCUUGAUAUCGUCUGACGGCGUUCGCGCUGUACGAACAUAAGUACUUACAACGUGAAAAGAAAGACACUCGUGGAAGCUACAGGGGACGGAUAGAUAAGGUUUUCAGACACGGACACACAUACAGCAUAAAAAAAUCCAUUAUUAACUCAGUGAUUCUUAAUGUUUGUUCUUACAUUAAUAGAAAAUGAAACUAGAUCUCAUUUUUAAAUGUUAAUAAUUCUAGCACCGUAUGUAGUGUUUACCGAUCAAUAUUUUUUUAGUAAAAUUAUAAUAGAUUUUAACAUAUAUAAAUAACACCUUACCACACAUACACGUACACAUAACUUAACCAGAAUCGAAAAAAAAUUCAUGCGUUUACGCGUACUUAUGACAACAAUGAUUUUUAUUUACGUUCCAAGCUGGGCGGUUGAGGAAGAAAAGGAAAGGGAUCGUAAUUCGUAAUAUAUAUUACGUUUCGUAUGAAAUUCUACCGAUGUCUUGUUAACAAUAUUAUAUAUAAAUAGAGAAAGAGAGAGAGAGG